AUGUUGUCUGCUCGUGCCACGCUGAGGAAGCCGCUGACCCGUUCGCUAGCGACGGUGUCAUCUCUAACAAAGGACUCCAAAGUCAACCAGAACUUGUUGGAGGAUUUCUCCUUCAUCAAUUACAAAAACAAUUUGGAAAAUGUUAAUAUCGUGAGGAAGAGACUUGGGAGGCCGCUCACUUAUGCGGAAAAGAUCCUGUAUGGGCAUUUGGAUAAACCACACGAACAAGAUAUCGAACGUGGGGUCUCGUACUUGAAAUUGAGGCCAGACAGAGUCGCUUGUCAGGAUGCUACUGCACAGAUGGCGAUCUUGCAGUUCAUGUCUGCGGGUCUACCACAGGUCGCGAAACCAGUUACCGUCCACUGUGACCAUUUGAUCCAAGCUCAAGUCGGUGGGGAGAAAGAUUUGAAGAGAGCCGUCGACUUGAACAAGGAAGUUUACGACUUUUUGGCCUCCGCGUCAGCUAAGUACAACAUCGGGUUUUGGAAACCAGGGUCCGGGAUCAUCCAUCAGAUCGUGUUGGAAAACUACGCGUUCCCAGGUGCUCUAAUCAUCGGUACUGACUCGCACACUCCAAACGCCGGCGGGUUGGGUCAACUGGCUAUCGGUGUCGGUGGUGCCGACGCUGUCGACGUCAUGUCUGACCUGCCAUGGGAAUUGAAGGCCCCCAAGAUCCUGGGUGUCAAGUUAACGGGGAGAAUGAACGGGUGGACCUCUCCAAAGGAUAUCAUUUUGAAACUGGCCGGUAUCACUACAGUGAAAGGUGGUACGGGGAAGAUCGUCGAGUACUUCGGUGAAGGUGUAGACACUUUCUCAGCAACCGGUAUGGGGACCAUCUGUAACAUGGGUGCAGAGAUCGGGGCCACAACUUCGGUGUUCCCCUUCAACAAGUCCAUGGUGGACUACUUGAACGCAACGAAACGUAACAAGAUCGCCGAUUUCGGGAAAGUGUACCAGGAUGACCUUCUGUCAGCGGACAAGAACUGUGAGUACGAUGAGGUUAUCGAAUUGGACUUGGCGACUUUGGAACCAUACAUCAACGGGCCAUUCACGCCAGAUCUGGCAACUCCAAUCUCCAAGAUGAAGGAGGUCGCCGUUAAGAACAACUGGCCAUUGGAGGUCAAAGUCGGCUUGAUCGGGUCGUGUACCAACUCCUCAUACGAGGACAUGUCUCGCUCAGCGUCCAUCAUCAAGGACGCCUCCGAGCACGGUCUAAAGGCCAAAUCCAUCUUCACGGUCACCCCAGGUUCCGAACAGAUCAGAGCCACCAUCGAGCGUGACGGACAGUUGAAGACUUUCCAAGAGUUUGGCGGUAUCGUGCUUGCCAAUGCCUGUGGUCCAUGUAUCGGCCAAUGGGACAGACAGGACAUCAAGAAGGGUGACAAGAACACCAUCGUCUCGUCUUACAACAGAAACUUCACCUCCAGAAACGACGGUAACCCAGACACGCACGCCUUUGUCGCCUCCCCCGAGGUCGUCACCGCCAUGGCUAUUGCCGGUGACUUGAGAUUCAACCCUAUCACAGACACUUUGAAGGGCAAAGACGGUAAAGAGUUUAAAUUGAAGGCACCAUUCGGUAACGGUUUGCCAGAACGCGGUUACGACCCUGGUGAAAACACUUACCAAGCACCACCAAAGGAUCGUUCCUCCGUCGAAGUUAUGGUCUCUCCAACGUCUGACCGUCUACAAUUGUUGUCCCCCUUCGAGGCCUGGAAUGGUAAGGAUGCCAAGGACAUGCCAAUCUUGAUUAAAGCUUUGGGUAAGACAACUACUGACCACAUUUCUAUGGCUGGUCCAUGGUUGAAGUACAGAGGCCAUUUGGAAAACAUCUCCAACAACUACAUGAUUGGUGCCAUCAACGCUGAAAACAAGAAGGCCAACUCCGUCAGAAACGUUUACACUGGUGAAUACAAGGGUGUCCCAGACACCGCCAGAGACUACAGAGACCAGGGGAUCAAAUGGGUUGUCAUUGGUGACGAGAACUUCGGUGAAGGUUCCUCCCGUGAACACGCUGCUUUGGAACCAAGAUUCUUGGGUGCCUUUGCCAUUAUCACCAAAUCGUUCGCCCGUAUUCACGAGACCAACUUGAAGAAGCAAGGUUUGUUGCCAUUGAACUUCAAAAACCCAGCUGACUACGACAAGAUCAGUCCAGAUGACAGAAUCGACAUUGUUGACUUGAAGGAUCUUGCUCCAGGUAAGAACGUCAAGAUGGUUGUCCAUCCAAAGGACGGUCCAGCCUUCGACGUCGAGUUGACCCAUACUUUCAACGACGAACAAAUAGAAUGGUUCAAGGCCGGCUCUGCUCUUAACAAGAUCAAGCAGGACAAGGUACAGUAA